UCAGAAAACAGCAUCAGUAGUUCAGUGAGUCAGACAGCCCUUCUCUCGGGCUCAGAUCUACACCGGGAAUAUUUCACACCACACAGCUGCCUCAUACAGUAUCUCUUGGGCUUGUUCACAAAGCUCAAACGGACUAGCUAAUGCAACAACAACAAAAAAAAAAAACUGAAAAACAAUGGAUAAGCGAAACUGCAAACCUAUGAUACAGACACUUGCAUAUCACAUUCAUUGACGAGUAAGUAGGACCUUUUUUCCUUUUUGCACCGCAGUGCACAGAUCCUUUCCUGGAAUAUGCUUGCUUGAAAUCAGCCCGGUUAUAUCAGUUUCAACUACUGCAGUUUGUAAGAAUGAGCGUGCAGUGGCUUCAGAAUCCGGUACCGGGAAGACACGGACACAAGCGCUUUGACACAGACGAACCUGUGACCAGAUGUCCGCGGCUCAGCGAGUCCUCGGCAGAUGCGGGUCUCCUGGGUUCUUCACCUGGAUCCCCGGUAAGCGGAGCACCUCUGAGCCUCACCUCAGCCCACCAGGGUCCCGCUCGUAUCGGCCAGUUCCUGCUAGUGCCCCUGACCGACCGACCGGGGGUGCACAGCGCUUUGGACAUGGACACAGGAGAGGAACUGCUCUGCAAGGUGUUUGAUAUGGGCCAUUACCAGGAGAAAAUAAGAGCCUACAGCAUGCUGUCAUGUCAUAAGAACAUUGCACAGAUCAAAGACAUAGUUCUUGGGGAGUGCAAGGCAUAUGUGUUCCAAGAGAAGGAUUUUGGCGACAUGCACACCUUUGUAAAGAGCAGCAAGAGGCUUUCCGAAGACCUGGCUUCCAAGCUUUUCUACCAAGUGGUAUCUGCAGUGAACCACUGCCACCAGGUCGGCAUCGUUUUAGGAGACCUCAAGCUUCGCAAGUUUGUGUUCUCAGAAGAGAAAAGGACCCAACUGAAAUUAGAGGGUCUGGAGGACUGCCAUAUUCUGUGCGGAGAGGACGACUCGAUGUUCGACACGCACGGCUGCCCUGCGUACGUGAGUCCGGAGAUUUUGAACGGCGGAGGGUGUUACUCAGGCAAACAGGCAGACGCGUGGAGCCUCGGCGUCAUGCUGUACACAAUGCUGGUGGGCCGCUACCCUUUCCACGACCCGGACCCCGCAACCCUGUUCUCUAAGAUUCGACGGGGCACAUAUUGCCUCCCCGAUGGGCUGUCCUUAAGGGCACGCUGCCUACUUCGCAGUCUGCUGAGAAAGGACCCGGGCGAAAGACUGACCACAGCGGACGUCCUCAUUCACCCGUGGUUCAAUGGCAACACGCAGGAUACAGGAAACGCAGAACAGCAAGUCAACCUCAGAGAACAGACAGUGCCCCAGAUAGAAAUGGAGCAGGACGAGGAUCUUUUCUCCUGAGGAAACCAAUAUAGCUUGAAUAUGGACCAAAACUGUUGGUUAUCUUGGUGUUUUGUUUUUAUUAUUUGGUUUCUUAUAUGGAUUUUGUAAUAGAUUCAGAAGUAUACACUCAGUGAAUACUCACUCAAAGUACUGUAUCAUCUGUGUCAGGUUUAAGGACGGUGUGCACAACAGCCAGUGUAUUUUGAAGUCGUUUGCUAGUGAACCAUUCUUGUGCUGCAUGAAGUGAAUGAGACUGGGCAUUAUGGGUCGCGUGAUAAUGAGAGAAUGUGAGAAUGUCGGCUUGGUGACUAAACUCGGCCUAUGGGCCAGACCUGUGGCUUCAAAACUACUGUCAAAACGAAACACGUAGGUUGACUUACCAAUUGAAUACUGCGGUAUCAAAGGUACGUGUCUAUUUUAAUAGGAGGAGAAUGAAACCUAGAGGAAUCUGACACAUACAUACAUAUGGAGGGCUAGAAGUGCAGCUUAAAAAAUAUAAUGAAGAAACAAUUAUCAAAUUAAUGUCAAUAAAAACAUUUUUAAAUACACAUUAACUUAUUUAAUUCAUGCUUAUAAAUGUAGUUAAAUAUAAAAAUAGAUGAUACAUUGAUAAAUAGUUUUUAAAUGCAAAUGUAUAUUUUUUAAAGCAUUUAAAACAACAACAAAUUGCUUUUCUUUAUUCUUUUAAUCUUUACACAUUGGCAGCCAUUGUGCGUCAAAGGUGUGUAUCCUAAAAUUCUGUCAAAAGUUCAUUGGUUGCUGCCAUUUAUGAACUAUCCAAUGAUAUUUUCGAAAUCGACUGACAAAAGGAUAAAGAAAACAAUUGGCAAAUGGCUCAAGAAAAACAAUUAUCGAUGCUUUAUCAUAUAAAAUUUAAAAGUUUAAUUAUUUAUGUUAAUAAUUAAAAAUCAUAUUUCGUUGUUGCAUUUAAAAUUUUAAACAUUAAUUAAAUAAAAUACUAGUAAUUAAGUCUGUAUUUGUUCAUUUUGAAUAAAUUGAUCAUUUAAUUCUUCAUUUAAUUUUUAAGUGGCACUUCGUCUUUCAUGCUAUAAGCUGUUUUAAAUCACAGAUACUGUGUGCUAUUCUGACUUAUGCCUCUCAGAAUUGCCAAACUGUUCAGAAGAGCCAUUCAAAGGUUAAAUGUCACUCAUUGACCUUUAAGACUCUGUGACAACCAAGAGGUACAUACAGAUUCUUAAAUGUUCAGGAUGAGCUUCUUACAGGCUGAUAAAAAGUGUUCAUUUUUUCUGCUGUAUCCUGAUCUCUCAAGUCCUUCUAGUCACAGUUUCCUUACUUGAAUCCAAGCAACCUCAUAAAAGCACGAGGCUUCAGUAUGGCAGGCCAGUUCAUACCGUGCGGGAAAGAUAUAAGAUGACUCAACAGCUGGGCGUUGGUGUAACGAAGAGGAAAGGGCUAUGAACCCAGAUUAGUGCGCUCAGUAUGACUACAUAUGCGUAGCUUUACUCUCAUUUUAAAGAAAGGAGAACAGAACUACAAUAGCACUACUGUAAGGGUAGAGCGUCCUAUAAAGGUCUGUUUUCUGCUUGCCCUCAUGUUGGGGGUUGUGUGUUACCUCUGAAUCCAAGCAUAAUGGUGAUGCACGACGUUUAUGGUUUCUGAAAGGUCUCUUUAUAAGCGAAGGCUGGAGGGUAUGCAAAAUGCCUGUCUCAUGCAUGCAACACAUGGGGAAAGCUGACACGAGUGCACAGAGUUCAUAUUGCACUGUGAAUUAUGUAUUUGUGACACAAACCUCAAGGCUUGACCACGAGGGUUUAACGGUUAAAAUUCAUUGUACAAAUGAGCAUUUGUAAAUAUGUACAUCUUAAGUGUGUGAACAAAACUGAAUAAAGAUUACUCUUUCUUAUUUA